CUAGAACGCAAUGUGUAGUUCCGCCCUGAGAGUGACAUCGAAAUACUCGUUGGAAUAGGAACGCAACCAGGCAAAGAACAAGAACGUGCAGUUUAUAACACCGGUAUUUCACAAAAAAGUCCAGAGGAUUUGACGCAUAUCGAACGGAUACGUAUUCAACCCAAGCGCAUCCUCAUCCACUGAGCACCCACCGACACCGGACGUCCAUGGUCAUUGAAAAGUAGUUGACAUUUGGUCAGUCCACCCUGGCCUUGAUGUUAACGUCCACAGACGGAUCGGGCUGGACCAAAUCUGAACCUAUCAGUGAUGUACAUUGACUAGACAGAAGUAUGGAUGAGCUACAGGACGUGCAGUUGACUGAGAUCAAGCCCCUGCUGACCAAUAAGAAUUCCCGUAACUUCCAGGACUUUGACUGCCAGGAGCAUGAUAUUGAGACUCAGCAUGGCGUGCUCCAUGUGACCAUGAGGGGCGUUCCCAAGGGCAACCGGCCAGUAAUCCUCACCUACCAUGACAUCGGCCUCAAUCAUAAGUCAUGCUUCAACACGCUGUUUAACUUUGAGGACAUGCAAGAGAUCACGCAGCACUUUGCUGUGGUUCACGUGGACGCCCCCGGACAGCAGGAGGCGGCAGCACCGUUCCCCACCGGGUACCAGUACCCGACCAUGGACGAACUGUCUGAGAUGCUGCCCUCGGUUAUGACUCAGCUCAAGGUGAACAGUGUGAUAGGGAUUGGCGUGGGAGCAGGAGCCUACAUCCUAUCCCGGUUUGCACUGAACAACCCUACUCUGGUAGAGGGCCUGGUUCUGAUCAACGUGGAUCCGUGUGCCGAGGGAUGGAUCGACUGGGCUGCCUCCAAGCUCUCUGGAUGGACCAGUAACAUCGUGGACACAGUGAUGGCUCACCACUUCAGCACUGAUGAGCUAACAGACAACCAAGAGCUGAUCCAGACCUACCGCCUUCACAUCGCCCAGGACAUCAAUCAGGACAACCUGGCCCUCUUCUGUGCCUCCUACAACGGUCGUCGGGAUCUGGAAAUCGAGAGGCCAGUCAUUGGUCUGAAUGAGGAGACAGUGAACACACUGACGUGCCCUUCUCUGUUGGUGGUUGGAGACACAUCUCCUGCAGUGGAGGCAGUGGUGGAGUGCAAUUCCAGGUUAAAUCCAACGAAGACUACACUGUUUAAGAUGGCUGAUUGUGGAGGCUUGCCUCAGGUUGUGCAGCCUGGGAAACUGGCAGAGGCCUUCAAGUACUUUGUUCAGGGUAUGGGUUAUAUUCCCUACAUUCUUCUCAGUCACCUGAGCAACGAAUCAGUGCCCACGGCUGGAAUGAGUCGUCUGGUCCGAUCCCGCACCACCUCCUCCUCCAGCAUCACCUCCAUGGACAGCAUCCGCAGCCGCAACCUCAACAGCCUGCUGGAGAGAGCCAACACCACUGGGGGCCUGGACAACCAGCCUGGGCCCCAGACCAUGGAGGUCUCCUGCUAAAUCGUCCCAUCUCUCCCUCACUCCACAUAGGGUAGCCGCCCUCACCGGUGGCCCUCUCUUCCUCCAGUAACUUAUGUCUCCCAGUCUCUCCUACCCUGCUCCGAAGCUACUCAAUGCCAGGGUGUUCAGUGAUGAAUUGUGCGAUAAAUAUGAGAAUAUAUACAAAUGAAGAUUAAAUAUAAUACUGUAUACAUGUCAAACUUCGAGCCACAAGCUGAGGGGACAAAAUAAAGGAUGAAUCAGAUAUACUGUAUACUCCAAGGGUCUAGAUGGUACGAUCCCCCACCCAACAGUUUCUCAUCAUUUCAUAUGUAUGCAUGUGUCUUGUGCAAGUGAAUCUAGAGACUUGUUCUCCCGGUUUCAAUUACUGUAUGUCCCUCCUUUGUUCCGAUUGUUGCCUUUCACAUCUGUUAUUUAUUCCCCAUGUGUCUGUGUGUAUAGGAUCGGUUCCUCAGCACAGGAGGGGUUGAAGAGUCCCAUCUCUCACAUCCGCUGUAGUCCAAACACACAUUCCUCUUCCUUCUCUUAUACUAUGAUCUAGAACACAUUUACACUUAACCUUCAUUCAUUGCACACAUUUAGACACAUUUUUGAAUGUUGUGAACUGUGAACACACGCCUCCUUUGAUUGUGUGGCAUAGUGUAGAUGUGUGUUUUCCUGUACUGUACCUUGCUGCACUGCUCUGCUCUGCCGAGUCACUCCAUUCACACUGUAGAAUGAUCACUCAUGCUGGGUGAAAACACAAGAUUCAUGACUUCCUGUACAUUUCUCUGCAUUGUGUUGUUUUCCAAAUGGCAGGUUAUACUGGUCCAAAUGACAGAAUGAAUGCACUGUGUUUUGGUUGUUCUAGAACGUUAUACUUGCUUUUUAGGAAUAUGCAAAAAUGUAAAGAAAUUCAAUGGGAAAGAACCGUGGGCCAAUGUGAUUGUCUAGAUUCAAUCACUUCUCCUUUCAUCUGUGUGUUAAAAAAGUUUAUUUUGUAAUUGAUGUCGUCUUUUUAUGUUUUACAUUUUUGUUUUUAUAGUCUGUUCACUCAUCGCUUGAGUAGACAUACACAAUGAAUAACAACUUAACAAGCCUGUUAUAAUGUGGAAAUGUGUUCAGUCUUCACUGCAGGGCCCAGUGGUGCUUAUCACGGUCUGCCAAUACAACUCAUUUAUACUACUAAACUACUAAAUAAAGCUAGAAGAUGUAAAAUGG